AUGGGAAAGACCAAUGAUUCCACAUUGACAGAAUUUGUCCUGGUUGGGCUUUCUGCCCACCCCAAGCUCCAGACAGUUUUCUUUGUGUUAGUUCUGUGGAUGUACCUGAUGAUCCUGCUGGGAAAUGGAGUCCUUAUCUCAGUAAUCUUCUACGAUCCUCACUUGCACACCCCCAUGUAUUUCUUCCUCUGCAAUCUUUCCUUCUUGGACAUUUGCUACACAAGCUCCUCUGUCCCAUUAAUUCUUGACAGCUUUAUGACAGUAAGCAAAAGGGUUUCCUUCUCUGGGUGCAUGGUACAAAUGUUCCUUUCUUUUGCCAUGGGGGCCACAGAGUGUGUGCUUCUGGGCAUGAUGGCACUUGACCGCUAUGUGGCCAUCUGCUACCCACUGAGAUACCCUGUCAUCAUGAGCAAAGGUGCUUAUGUGUCCAUGGCGGUUGGAUCCUGGGUUUCUGGGAUUGUUGACUCAAUGGUGCAGACAUCUCUAGCAAUGCAAUUACCAUUCUGUUCUAAAAAUGUCAUUACCCAUUUUGUCUGUGAGAUUCUGGCUAUCCUAAAAUUGGCUUGUGCUGACAUUUCAAUCAAUAUAAUCAGCAUGGCAGGGUCAAAUCUGAUUGUUCUAGCUAUUCCAUUGCUAGUAAUUUCCAUCUCUUAUAUUUUUAUUGUUGCUACUAUUCUGAGGAUCCCUUCCACUGAAGGAAAAUGUAAGGCCUUCUCCACUUGCUCAGCCCACCUCACAGUGGUGAUUAUAUUCUAUGGAACCAUCUUCUUCAUGUAUGCAAAGCCUAAGUCUAAAAGCUCUGUUGGUAUAGAUAAUCAAGACAUCACUGAGGCCCUCAUCUCCCUCUUUUACGGAGUCAUGACACCUAUGCUCAAUCCUCUGAUCUAUAGUCUGAGGAACAAGGGUGUAAAGGCUGCUGUGAAGAACAUGUUGGGUAGGAAAAACUUCUCUGAUGGAAUAUAA